CAAAGACGAAAGCUCUUUUCUUUGCUGUGAAUUCGUGUUGGCAUUCGAUUUUGGAGGGUCUGCCUGUUGAUCCCAACGACAUGAGACGGAAGGGGUCGAGAGACGAUCGGGGUUACGGACCCACUGGCGGUGAUGGUGGACGGGGAGACAGAUGGGGUCACGGACUGAGUGGCGGUGAUGGUUCUAAACCAUUUGCCAUGGAUUGUGAAGCCACUGAUGGCAUGAACAUUGAUCCUUCGGAUUUAGGAGUGCAUCAGAGAGAAACAAUGGUUUGUGAUCACGAGGGGGAGCAACUUGAAUCGGAACCGACAUCGGGUGGAUAUCGGGCACUAGGACAGGAGCAACAUGCACGUGACUUGUUGUGCAAGCAAGACGUGCCUGAAGAGGACGUGUAGGAGGAGGGUAAGGAAACCGAAGAUGCGCGUGGCGAGGAAGGUGUGCAUGUACCCAGGGCGAAGAUGCGCGUGGUGAGAAUGCCCCUCUUGAACAUGCUCUCAGCGAGUGCACACUAGUUGAACGUAUCAUCAUCAAUUCACAUUACUCCGAGUCAUCCGUAGACGAGGAUCAACAUGCAGACGAUUUCACCAACUCGUAU